CAUUUCCACUCUAACAAAAGCCUCAAUUGCAAACACACACACACACACACACCUCACAAACCCCAAAUGAGAUCCCUUUUGCUACCAUUUUUCUUCUUCUUCUUCCAUACCCACUUCCAAAUAUCAACUGGGGUUUCAUUUCUGAACCCUAAUUUGCUGGAAAACGAUGAAUUUAACCCAAUGGUGAAAAGGGUUUGUGGUGGGAAGAUUGUCGAGUGUUCAGAAGAUGAUUUGAUGGAUUCUGAGAGCAACAGGAGGGUAUUGUUGAUGGGGAAGAGGUACAUUAGUUACGAGACCUUAAAGAGGGAUCUUGUACCCUGUGGUACACCUGGAGCUUCAUACUACAACUGUAAGGGCAAAGGGGUUGCUAACCCUUAUAACAGAGGCUGUGAAAUCAUCACAAGAUGUGCUAGAGAUGCUAUAAACACCUAAUCUUGAAUGAUACAAUUGGUAAAGCUUUUAAUCUUUCUUUUUGUUUUAAUGGGGUUAUCCAUGUUUUCUUGAUUUAUGCUGGUUUUGCUUUAACUUAGAGGGCAUUUAUGUUGUCUCUUUUUAUAAUCAAAUGCAAGUUAAUUUGGGUUUGGAUUAA